AGUGUUCUACACCAGCUACUUCAGAGGCUUCAGACCACAUGAACUAGGCAUCCCCGCUAUGUUCUCCCAUACCGAGCCGAAGAUUGUCGUCCUCCAAUUCAACUUCUUCCAGCCCCGAGUCCUUGCGGAAGAUAUGGAGGACCUGCUCCUCGACGCCGCGUGGGGCGUGGUCGACUUUCCCAGCAGGUCGAUCGACGAUAUCAUCCACUUCUCCGUGAAUGGGGCGCUGAACAACCCUGGACGGCCACCGCGCCCUGUGUACGGAAAAGAAGAAGUAGAACUCGCUUAUGGCGAAAAGAAAAAGGAGACGAUCAGGGUGUCCGCCCCUCAACUGGCCAAUCACUUAAGACGGCUGUUGCUCUCGCUCGAUCCGAACGCAGACAUAGUCUUCCUCACGCACGACGUGUACAACCUCUCGCGCGCUUUCUGCCAUCUCGGCCUGCAAGACCUGUACCCUCAAGCAGCGACGACGAAGAACAACUGGAGGCUCUAUUACGGGAUCCUCAACUCUUCCAAUGACUGGGAAGGUAUAGGCGCUCUAGUCGGCUAUCCGGAACGCGUACCUAUACAGCAGAAAGGGAAUACAGCUAUGAAGCCUGAUCCGGGUCGCUCCAGCACCGCGUCCGAUGCCUCGCGCGCGUCUAGCAGGUACGACUCCCGCGAACCUAGCACGACGCCAUCGUCCCGCUACGGGAGCGCGUCGCCUAUGCCGGACUCUCGGAUGUCACGGGACACCACUUUGGUCCCCGGCACGCAGAGCAGGGGAUCUUCGAUCUACUCAGACAGGUACGACGAGCGCUCCAACCGGGAAUACUCGCGGGGCGUAUCAACGAAGCAAGAGCCAUACGAGAACGAGCGAGAUCGCUCCCGCUCACAGCUGUUUCGUCCACGUUCCCGUUCGCCGUCUUCUCGUCCCUCGUCUUCUGUCUCUUCGCGGUACACCUCAGCGACUUCUGUCCCACCGGUACAAGGCGAAGAGGAGAAGUUUGCACCGCUUGGGCAGGAACUGUUCGUCCCGCUGAAGCAUGAGCUACCACUCAAGAACCCGAUCAAGAACGAAGACGAGAAAAAACCUUUCGUCGGUCAAACCCCGACUGGUGGGUUUGCCGGCGCGCCCAGGCGGACAUUCGUCCUGGACACGCAAGUGUUGUAUGGUACAUCAGCGAGAACGUGGUCGGAUCUCCAUCCGUUGCACACGGUUGCUGUAGCCAUGGGACUGAGGGAGGAGGACCAGGGGAUAUGUGCUGCUUACGAACUCGUGGACAUCUGGGAUAUCGCCUCCCGCCUGCUGUCCGGUCCUCCGGUACUCUUCAUCAAAGGAUUCAUCGACGAAGACGUAAAAGUCAAGAAAGCCGAAGAGGAAUACUAUAAACUGGAAGAACAAGGCCCUCCUCCCGAGGACACUCAGAGCACCUCGCACCAGGGAGGCAUGUUUGGCGUUCCGUACAGCAAACCGAAGAGAGAUUUCUAUGAUGUGGUAUUUGAGGAUGAUGAUGAUGAUUAUUGACGAGGGUGAAGAUCUGUGACUGGUGUAUCAUAGCGUACAUCUAUGUACAUAGUGUACG